AUGGCCGUGUUUCUCAUGAUCCGGCGCCACAAGACCACCAUCUUCACGGAUGCCAAGGAGUCGAGUACCGUGUCGGAGCUGAAGCCCAUCGUCCAAGGCUUCCUCAAGCAGGAGCCGUACAAGCAGCAUCUGUACAAGGAUGACAACCUCCUUUUUGACAGCAAAACUCUGGGAAAGUGUGGCUUCACUAGCCAAACAGCAGGGCCCCAGGCCCCAGCCACAGUGGGCCUGGCCUUCCUAGCAGGUGAUGCCUUUGAAGACCUGCGCAUUGAGCCCUUCUCCAGCCCUCCAGAGCUUCCACAUGUGAUGAAGCCACAGGAUUCUGCAUGCAGUGCCCAUGAACAGGCUGUGCAGUGA